AUGCCUAAAGCCGCACCAUGCGUGGGGUCUUCCCAUGGCUGGUUGGCCUUUAACCACCUUCAGAAUUGUCAUCCUUAUCUCUACAACCCAUUGAUGGAUUCUCCUCAUUUCCCCUACAUUCCCCUCCCUUCCAUCGAAACCCUCCCUUCCUUUCUCGCCGCACGCCUUUUCAAAUCCGAUCACUUCUCCCCUUCCCCUUCUCUCAACACCCAGUUCCUAAUCUCACUUUACAAGAUCACGAAUAUCGAGGAGGAGGACGCAGAUGAGCUCGCCGUUUACCCCAAAGACAUUGAUUACUUUUAUGUACGAAGGCUUGUUAUGUCAUCACCCCCAUCUCUCCCCUUUUAUUCAUCAGAUUCAUCUUCUCCCGGAAAUGAUUGCACUAUAAUGGCCAUCCACAGCGGCUCCGACAGUCUUGCCUUCUGCAAACCGGGCGAUGAUAGCUGGACCGACUUGGAGGGUUCGCUCGGAUGUUAUUCUGAUCUCAUAUAUUCCAGCAAGAAUCACCGAUUUUAUGCAAUGAGAUCAGAUUAUAGCAUUGAAGCUUGGGAUCUCAGAGACCCUUCUUCUCCCAAAUAUCAAGUUUUUGAUAGUCCCGACUUUUGUCCUGGGAAGCUUUACCACAAAUUUAAGGGAUCUUAUAAUUUUACAUUCACAAAUUACUUAGUUGAAUCCUCGGGGGAUCUUUUGGUGCUUCGCAGAUUUAUAGCCCUAAGUGUUGCUGAAACUGAAUUUGUGCAUCCUCGUAGGUCUGAAGACGAUGUGGUGAAUAACAUUAAUGAUGAUGAACGAGAAAAUCUUUUCCUUCAAGAUGAUGAUGCUUAUUGGACUCUGGGAUUUGAUGUUCAUAAGUUUGAUUUCGAUCAGAGUAAGUGGGAACCUGUGGAUUGCUUAGGUGACCGAGCACUGUUUGUGGGUUCUAAUCAUUCCUUUUCUCUCUCAACUUGCCAUUAUCCCGAGCUGAUGAAGAAUUCUAUCUACUUCACUGAUCAUUUCCUCGAAGGAUUUAACCAAAUAUAUGAUGGCCAUGACAAUGGUGUCUUUCACCUAGCAAAAAACUGCAUAAAACCUUAUUAUCCAAGAAGGUUGAAGAUCAUUAACCCACCUCCAGUUUGGGUUGCCCCCAACACAAUGUAG